AUGGCAUCAGGUCUUCUUCUGUGGCCAGUGCUGCUGGUCAGCCUCUCGGUGAGCGCAGUGGAGCCCAUCUCCCUGUACAACCUCUUCACCAGCGCCGUCAGCCGGGCCCAGCACCUGCACACGCUGGCGGCCGACAUCUACAAGGAGUUUGAGCGGAGCAUUCCUCCAGAGGCCCACAGGCAGCUCAGUAAGACCUCCCCGUUGGCCGGGUGUUACUCUGACUCCAUCCCCACUCCCACGGGCAAGGACGAGACGCAGGAGAAAUCAGACGGGUACUUGCUGCGCAUCUCCUCAGCUCUGAUCCAGUCGUGGGUGUACCCACUCAAGACCCUGAGCGACGCCUUCUCUAACAGCCUGAUGUUCGGCACCUCCGACGGGAUCUUCGACAAGCUGGAGGACCUGAACAAGGGCAUCAGUGAGCUGAUGAAGGUCGUCGGCGAUGGCGGCGUUCACGUGGAGGACCUGAGGAAGCUCCGCUACGAGAACUUUGACGUGCAGCUGCGGAACGACGUGGCGCUGAUGAAGAACUACGGCCUGCUGGCCUGCUUCAAGAAGGACAUGCACAAGGUGGAGACGUACCUGAAGGUCACCAAGUGCCGCCGCUUUGUGGAGAGCAACUGCACUCUGUGA